AUGGUGAGGCAAGCUGAAGAGGUAGCACAACAGAUAACCCAGCAAGAGCAGCAGGCUCCACUGGCGGUGCAAGCAGUGAAACAAAAGAGGUUCGUGAAGAAAGGAGGGAAACCGCAGGGAGAGAGGAGCGGAGGACAGCGGCACGGCUACCAAGGGGAGAGCAAGUGCAAUCGGUGCGGAAAGAAGAACAACAACCCCGCAUACCCAGAUUACACUCCGUCCAUUUUCCCGCAAGCAGUGCUGAAGGAAUUGACUAAGAGUACCACACUUGAUCGCUUCAAGAGAGCACAGAAAAGAAAAGCACCAUCCACUACUCUAGUAUCACGAAAGGAAAGGAAGGUGAAGAAGCAACUGGAAUUUGAGGAGACAAGUGUCCCAGAAGAGUUGCAACAAGAAGUAUGCUCUGCAGAGAUCAGUCCUCGACUUCCCCAUGAUACCUGCCCGGUGUGCAGGAAAAGCUUAAGAAAGAAGAACAACAACCCCGCAUACCCAGAUUACACUCCGUCCAUUUUCCCGCAAGCAGUGCUGAAGGAAUUGACUAAGAGUACCACACUUGAUCGCUUCAAGAAAGAGCACAGAAAAGAAAAGCUCUACACCGAUAAGCAACAAUGA